ACCGAACAGCGGGCAGGAUUCUAGCGGGCACCCGGUGGCGCCCCCCGAGGGGCGGGGAGGUCUGAAAUGGCGACGGCGCAGGGUCCGAGGGUCACUCUCCCUGGCGCCCUUGACUGGGUACCGCCGCCGCGCCACCUAGCUUGCUGAAGGGCGGGUGCCGGCGCGCAGGGAUGGGAGUGAGCAGUGACGAGCGGUCAGCAGGACCAAUGAGAACCUCGGAAGUACAGGCCCCGUCCAAUCAGUGUCCGGAUAGCGGAGACAAGGGUAGGUUGCGAGCGAACGGCGCGUGUGGCGGACACGGGACGCCGAGGACCUAGCCUGCUUGGCUGCGGGGCCGGGCCCUUCCUCCUCGCCGCCUGCCGCGCGUCCUGCACCACAGCUCCCGCUGUGCCCUGGAGGACGCCGAGGAGCGCCAGGCGCAGGGCCGUCCCUGCGGCGGCUGCCGCCAGCGGACUCCGGGCUCUUCCUUAGCGGUCGCCGCAGAGGGAUGAGGAGAGGCUCGUGACGGGGAAACGCGCUCGGGGCCGGCCAGGUGGACGCGGCCUACGGCCGGCCGGCCGGCUGCCUGCUCCCGGGCGCGUUGCUUGCAGCGCCCGCGGUGGACAUGUUCCCGCGGAGGCCGCCGGCCUCCCUGGCCGCCUGGCUGGCGGGCGCGCGGGGCGGGAGCCUGCUGGGCCUGCUGGCCAAUCAGUGCCGCUUCGUGACGGGCUUGCGCGUGCGGCGCGCGCAGCAGAUCGCGCAGCUCUACGGGCGCCUCUACUCGGACAGCUCGCGCUGCGUCCUGCUCGGACGCCUGUGGCGACGGCUGCGCGGCCGUCCCGGCCAUGCCUCUGGCUUGAUGGCGGCGCUCGCCGGCGUCUUCGUGUGGGACGAGGAGAGGAUCCAGGAGGAGGAGUUGCAGAGAUCCAUUAAUGAGAUGAAACGGUUGGAAGAGAUGUCCAGUGUAUUUCAGAGCUCUGGAGUGGAACGCCACCCUGCGGAACCCAAGUCCCAAACGGGCGGGAAAGAAGAUGCGAAAGACAAAGAGGAGCCCUGGGAGAUGGUGAUGGAUAAGAAGCACUUCAAGCUGUGGCGGCGCCCAAUCACGGGCACUCACCUCUACCAGUACCGAGUUUUCGGGACCUACACAGAUGUGACACCCCGGCAGUUCUUCAAUGUUCAGCUGGACACAGAAUACAGAAAAAAGUGGGAUGCCCUGGUGAUCAAGCUGGAGGUGAUUGAGCGGGACGCCGUCAGUGGCUCCGAGGUGCUGCACUGGGUCACCCAUUUUCCUUAUCCGAUGUACUCACGGGACUAUGUCUACGUUCGGCGCUACAGCGUAGAUGAGGAAAACAACGUGAUGGUGUUGGUGUCACGCGCUGUGGAGCAUCCCAGCGUGCCCGAGUCUCCGGAAUUUGUGAGGGUCAGGUCGUACGAAUCCCAGAUGGUUAUCCGUCCCCACAAGUCAUUUGAUGAGAAUGGCUUUGACUACAUGCUGACAUACAGUGACAAUCCCCAGACCGUGUUCCCUCGCUACUGUGUUAGCUGGAUGGUCUCCAGUGGCAUGCCUGAUUUCCUGGAGAAGCUGCACAUGGCCACGCUGAAAGCCAAGAACAUGGAGAUCAAAGUGAAGGACUACAUCUCCACUAAACCCCUGGAGAUGAGCAGUGAGGCCAAGGCCACGGCCCAGUCCCCCGAGCGGAAGAACGAGGGUAGCUGUGGCCCCGCUCGGAUCGAGUACGCCUGAAGGCCUGGAGCUGAGGAAGACAGGCGCGUCCAUCCCCGUGUCAGUCCUCAGUCACUCUGCUACGGAAUGGGGACAAGCCACUGCUGUCAGAAGGCAUCUGCCAUCACCACCAAGGAGGGAGAACUUCAUAACUGGUCUGAUUUCACUCGGAGCCCUUGCUGCCCUGUAUCUAAACAGAUACGAGAAGGCCGCGCCGGGCGGGCACUGUCACAUGCUCAGGCUAACCGUGUGCGAAGUCAGUAUUCACUGGGUUAAUCUGGAAGAGACUUUGCACCCCAGGCCAGAGGGGGCGCCUCGCGGCUGUACCCUCUGAGGAGUCGCUCCACUGACAUUCCGAGGCCCACCCUCAGGUGUGCCGAGCUUGGGUGGCCCUGGGAAGGGUCCCUGGCAGAGAGGGUUGCCUGGGGUGCUCUUGGUAACAGUCUGCGUGUAAAUGAGUGUGAACAUCACUUGGCCAUUGUUAAGUGCCUUGUCCUCACCUCGCUUCUGUUUUGGGGACAUGAAGUUUGUACAAAGAAAUUCCUUUCCUGCCUGCAGAAUUCUACCCCGCUGGCUCACCUUGGCCGGAGUGGUCUCCCUGGGGUCGGCAGGCCCGCCUGGGUCUGUGGCCAUCGUCUUGUGGACAGUCGCCUCCUCCCACCUGGCCGCCCACCUGCCAGGAGCACUGGAGCUGAACCCGAGGGGACAGGAACUUUCUGUCCCAUUGCUGUUUUGAUGGUGUCAGUGGAGGUUGUUGGAACACAUUGAGAUUUAAAUUUUUUAUAACUUUAUGUCAAAAAUAAAGAGGGAGCCGAGCAGAAUUUCUCUGUAGUCCCAUCAUAUUAGGAAACACACUUUGAAUACAGACAUCAUUUUCCGCACUUCAGGUUUGGCUCGUCCUCCUUGGCCGAGGAACGGGAGGCUGGGCCACCCCUCUAAGUUCUCAGAACCAUGGACAGGCUGUGUGAACAAACAGACAUAAGCUUGCCCCUCAUCCUAACAGAGGGAAUGUGGUUUAAAUGACCCUCUUGUCCUAAAAACGGUUUUCCUUGUCUCUUUCCCGCUGAAAUGUUAAAAAGCUCGUGGUCAGAGUUUAUCAGUGGGCCAAGUCGGUUUUGCAGUGUUCGUAGUGUAGCCUGUUGGAGAAUAGGGAUCAAGUUUUAUGAAUUUGAGUCUCCCCUCCUCCCCGCUUUCCCUGGAGUUUAGAUGACCAGAUUUUCCCUUUUUUUUUUUUUUUUUAAUUUUUUUGUUUCCUGGUUGCUUUUGGGGUGGUAAAGGAUCUAAGCCUGAGCUUAACUAAAACCCCACCUUGACCUUCCUGUCACCUGUUCAGUUUUGUGCCAAGGGAGUUUAACUGCCCCUGAGCUUCAUGUCUCCUCUGAGUCACUGGCAGAACGGAGAGAUGGCAUCCAGCUGGUCCGGCUGCUUUGCAUUCAUCAUUUUUCCAUUUGUCCCAGGACCUGAACUACUGCCAGGGCAAGGAGUCCCUGUGCUGUGUCUGAACUUGGCGCCUGUGGCUGUCGAUGUGUGUGUGCGCGAGUGUGUGUCCAGGUGCUGAGGAAUUGUGGUGGCUCUGUGUUUUGACUUAAGGCAAUUUGACUGCACUGGUGGGGGAGGGGUCUAACUGUACAGUUCUUUUCACCACUGUAAUUGCACUCCUAACAUUUUUAUCAAAUGUGUGAAUAAAUAUAUAAAAAUAUUGGUACAAAA